AUGAUUGGACUCAAGGGAGUGCUGAAUGUCAUCGACAACACCGGUGCGCUCAGAGUAGAAUGUAUCAAUGUGCUCAAAGUGAAGACAAGGCUAAAGUCGACUGGUACAGCUACUGUUGGCGAUGAGAUAGUUUGUGUGGUAAAUAAAGCACGACCGAUUCCAGCGAAUGAAGUGAUCAAAAACCCUUCAUCUUCAACUAACAUACAGAAAAUCAGAAAAGGAGAUGUUCGAAGAGCUGUAGUAGUCCGAGUGAAAAAAACCGUUCAAAGGCCUGAUGGAAGUGUUGUCAGAUUUGACGAUAACGCAGCUGUGUUAUUGAACAAUAAAGGAGAAAUGUUAGGUACGAGAAUAGUCGGUCCAGUAGCUGCAGAAUUGAGAAAAUCAAAAGGUGGUGCGGCCGGUGCAGGUGGUAGAUGGGGUAAGAUAUUGAUGUUAGCUCCAAAGGUCGUAUAA